AGCAUCUCCUAGUCGCAAGUCUCUUUCUGAGUGCAUUUGUCCUGUAAUUAUACUCAUCCCUAAUUCACGGUUUCUUCUGAACUUCUGAAUACACAGCGCAACCCUGCCCUGUAUCACUUGCUGACAGGCUCGUCAUUGUGCCUGGUCCAGACUCGCAUCGGCUGCUGCGCAAUAGUCUCGACCCCUCCAAGAGCCGCAAGGCUCGCGCGCGCCUUAUUUAUAGGUCACGAUCACGGGUAAACUGGUAUUAGUCGUCGCACACCAGGGAGAGCGAGGUCACAGCUGCUCACGAGGACGCCCCGAGUGCCUCACGUGUGUUGUCGCGUCGUGUCGCAGACCUCCCACACCCCGGCGCCGUCAGAUCCGAAUAGCCUCACAGGAUUGGUUCUCCCCGACGGCUUGCCCUGAUAGGGCCAACUAGGUCUGGACAGAGAUGGAGACUCUAAUCGGCAAGGGCAAGAGGCCCAAGUUUGAGCUUCACCUCAAAAUCUACGACCUCAACAAUGUCCCCCUGGUCUCGGGGUCCUCGUACAUCAAGUGGCAUCUGGCGCACUCGAUGCAUGCUGAGCAUCGAGGACGCACAGCGAAAUGUCCGAUUGCGAACCAUCGCGUCGACUAUGCCUUCAGCAAGACAAUUCCACACAUCAGGAUAGCCAUCGACAAGAACAACCAGCUGGUCGAAUGUCCUAUCGAGCUUGAAAUCAUCCAAGAGUUUGCCGUGACGGAAAAGAUGACGCUGGGCGAAAUUAAGUUGAACCUAAGUGAGUAUGUCGAGGAAAGCGAGGCUCUGCUGAAGAAUCCCUCAUCGAGGAGAGGCCGAUCAGGCAGCGUGAGUGUGAGCCCGCCGGCCGUUACGGAUGGGGAUGACGCGCCGGAAGGGAUCGUGAGGAGGUAUCUCAUGCAAGAGAGCAAGAUCAACAGCACACUGCGCAUGAGCGUUCUGAUGGUCCAGGUGGAUGGCGAACGUAACUACACGACGCCUUCACUGAAACCUACUGCCACCUUUGGCGGCAUUGCAGGCGUCGUUGCCCACGAGCCGCAGGUUGCUGAGGACAUUGGACCUUCGCCGAACAUAGCGAAACCUAGAGACGCUGCCGAUAUUCACGAUCUGUACAGGAAAACAUUGGCGGCAUCUUGGAGCAGACUGCCGUCAGAACUACCAGCCGAUGAGUGUAUCGAAGAUAUCUUUACUGGAGGUAAUGGCUGGCGAACCCACCAGAACCAGCAAAUUUCAACGUCCAAUUCCAACUCCAACUCCAAUUCGGAUGAGGAAGGGGACGGCGGCCAAGGCACACUCCGGCCAAGCGAUCUGAGACGUUUUGGGAGGCAUCGUGGUCUGAAGACGACAACACCCGGUACCAACGCGACGUCUCACCGGCCCCACAACCCUUUCCACUCUCAUCGACGACAUGGCAGCGCCGCCAGUGAUAAGAGCACGGUGACAGUGACCGCACAACAGAAUGGCGUUCAUGGAGGACCCGCCAAGGUUAUCCGGUUACCACGCGCUGCUGUGGAUGCAGCGGAGGCGGAGCUGGGGAUGGAUCGGAGUGACAGUCAGACGCCAACCAUGGAUAGCGACCGCCCACGCUCGUCAUCCAAGAUCGAGGGUGUCCACGCGAGGUACAUGAGGGAGAUGGGGGAGUCGGAUGUACGAGAUGAUCUGAUUGCCUGGAAGCUACCGAACGGGGUGGCGUCUUAGUCCAUCCAAGCUGUCGUUAGUUGUGUUAGAAAUCGCACUCCAGACAAGGCCGUGUAGUACGGCGGAUUGCUUGUCACACAGGUGUUUGCACGCUUUGGAAGUCACGUUCAAACUUCUGUGAGAUUCUGAAGCCCUCAACGUUGCUAGUCUUGAAAUUGAGAAACUUACUGUGUUAGAUUAUCU